UAAUUUUGGGAAGAAAGUCAAUAUAAUCUAUGUCUCAGAAUUCUACGACUAAUGAUAAGCCACAACAAUCAAUAUUUUUUUUCACGCUCAUGGAUUCACUGUGCUGUAUUAAGGAAGCAGAGCUAAGAUGUAUCCGAGUAAUUAGCGGGAGAAAAGAACUACACAAGAACUUAGAAGUAAUGCAGGAUGGUAUCAGAAUGGAUUGCAUGCCUUGAUAAAAGACCAAUAGAUAGAACUGGUGAAGAUGUAGACAUUAUAUUCUCUAAGCUGAAAAGUAUUCCAGCAUUUGAAAAAUUCCAGUCGUCCCUGCUUCAAGAAAUAUGUUGCUAUGGUUACUACGAGGACCUGGACAAAGGAGUAACAUUGUUUAGACAAGGAGAUAUAGGAACAAACUGGUACAUGGUAUUGUCUGGAAGUGUAGAAGUUCUGUAUUCCUCUUCUGGUCAUCCAAGGGAUGAGGUAACAUUAUGCACUUUUGGUGUAGGAAUAUCAUUUGGAGAGUCUAUUUUGACAAACCAACCAAGACAGGCAACAGUUGUAACAAAAGAAUUUACAGAACUUGUUAGAAUUGAACAGAAGGAUUUUAGGAUACUCUGGGAGAGAAAUAAAACAUUAUUAGAAGGUGUGAUCACACCACUAAGUUCACUUACAAGGACAAAUCCUCACAAACAUCAGUAUGAAUUGUCACCACAGAUACCAAGGUCAAGGAAAGGUAGUAGUUCAAAUUUGGAUGAUAAACACAGCAGUCCAGCCUCACCCAUCACUACUAUGCCAUCACAGAAACUUUCUAGAGCAGCCAACAUUUUACGUGCUAUGAUACUGUCAAGAGCUCCUCACAUGAUUCGUGAUAGGAAAUAUCAUUUACGAACAUAUCGCAGAUGCAUGGUUGGUACAGAAAUGGUGGAUUGGUUGUUACAGCAAAGUACUCUGGUGUAUUCUCGUAACCAAGCAGUUGGAAUAUGGCAAGCUCUACUUGAGGAAGGAUUAGUUGUUCAUGUAUGUCAUGAGCACCAAUUCAAGGAUAAAUAUUUAUUCUACCGUUUCCGCCAAGACGAUCAGGGAGUUGGUACUGUACCAUCUCAUAACGACAAGAAAGAAGCUGAAGAAGAAUUGCAGGAUAUUUUGUUGACAUUGGCUCAGAUUGGACCUGACGCAAUGAUGCGAAUGAUUUUACGUAAACUUCCCCAUGAUAGAACCUGUGAAGAUUUGGAGAUCAUCUAUGAAGAACUACUGCACAUCAAAGCACUAUCACAUUUAUCUACAAUGGUCAAGAAAGAACUAGCCAGUGUUCUCAUCUUUGAAUCUCAUGAAAAAGCUGGCACUGUGUUAUUUAAUCAAGGAGAUGAGGGAAAGUCAUGGUAUAUUAUACUUAAAGGAUCAGUAAAUGUUGUUAUAUAUGGAAAGGGUGUGGUAUGCACAUUACAUGAAGGAGAUGAUUUUGGGAAAUUGGCAUUACUGAAUGAUGCACCAAGAGCAGCUACCAUAGUCCUGAGAGAAGACAACUGUCAUUUUUUACGUGUAGAUAAAGAUGACUUCAACAGAAUAUUAAGGGAUGUAGAAGCCAAUACUGUAAGAUUAAAAGAACAUGGACAAGAUGUACUGGUACUGGAGAAAAUACCCACCAACACACCUAAUCCUGAUGGAACAAUUCAGUCACACUUCAAGUAUUCUGUCAUGGCUGGUACAGCAGAGAAGAUGUUAGAAUAUUUACUGGAGACCAGACUGGCAGAAAAUAAAAAUGAAGAUCCAUCAGAUUUUUUCCUGGAAGAUUUUCUGAGGACACAUGUGAUAUUUAUGCCGACAAACAAAUUGUGUGCAGCAUUGCUGUCACAUUACCAUGCCAAAUCCUAUGUUAAUUGUGAUGAAGAGAGUGCCUCAUAUGCCCUUACACAAAGACGAUCAGUCAUACAGUUUGUACAUGAGUGGUUUUCAAUAGGACCAUCUGUGUUCAAAGGAGAGAAGACCAUCAAAGCAUUUUUAGAGGAAUUACAGAGUGCAGUAGAAAAGGAUAUAUUGGUCCUCCAGUCACUGUCACAAGAAUUACAUAUCAUUAAAUCUAUUCUACAGUAUAUUGCUGAUAAAAAAUCUCCAAUAGAAGAUAGGCCUAUUAUAAAAAGAAAAUUCUCACCAUCAAGUGUCUUAGUAACAAAGAAAAGUUCAUCAGUGGACCAAUCAACUUUACCUAAUCUGAGGCAGCCAAUCAAACCAGAUGAUGAAAAUAUUUUCAAAGUUUAUUGUGCAGACCACACAUACAGUACAUUACGUGAUACGAUGGACUGUUCUGUACAGCAGAUUGUUGAGCAGGCCAGAGACAAACUGUGCCUUGGUGAGGACCUUGUAUUAUGUGAGGUCAAAUCAUCUGGUGAACGAGUUGUUUUUAAGAAACAGGAUAUAUGUGUGACCACACGACUCACUAUUAAUGGAUAUUUAUUUAUAUCACCCAGAGAACAUCUUGAUGCUUUGACCCCAUUACCAGAACAAGAAGGACCAACACAUGGUACAGCAAACACAAUAGAACUGAUGAGUACAAAAGAAAUAGCAUAUCACAUGACUUUAUAUGACUGGGAAUUGUUCUCUUGUCUACAAGAGUAUGAAUUGAUUUACAAAGUAUUUGGAGCUCAUCAGUUUAAAAAGAUCACAGCAAACUUAGAGUCAUUCUUAAGAAGAUUCAAUGAAGUACAGUAUUGGAUAGUGACAGAAAUGUUACUUACAUUGAAUGUCAGUAAAAGAGUACAACUUCUAAGGAAAUUCAUCAAAUUAGCAGCUCAUUGUAAGCAGUAUCAGAAUUUGAAUUCCUUCUUUGCUAUAGUGAUGGGUUUAAGUAAUAUUGCUGUCAGUCGUCUUUCACAAACUUGGGAGAAACUGCCUAGCAAGUUCAAGAAAAUGUUUGCCGAUUUUGAAACUUUGAUGGAUCCAUCGAGAAAUCAUCGAGUGUACAGACUUACUGUUGCCAAACUCUCUGCUCCAAUCAUUCCAUUUAUGCCUUUAUUAAUGAAAGAUUUAACCUUCACGCAUGAAGGAAAUAAAACAUAUUUUGAUGGUUUGGUGAACUUUGAAAAAAUGCACAUGAUUGCUCAAACAAUGAGAACAGUGAAUUUUUGUAGAAGUCAUCCAUUAGAAAUUGAAGCACCUUCUACAGCAAAAUCAUCGACAGAAGUUGAAGAAUAUAUCAGGAACUUGAAAGUGAUAGACAAUCAGAGACUUUUAACAAAACAUUCAUACAAGUUGGAGCCCAGACGGACAUGACGAAACUUGAUUUUGAUUAAACUAACGGUGCCAAACGAUUUUCUAUAAUACAUGCAAUACUGCAGGUGUAUUUGAUUGACAUCUAGCAUUUGUCUUUGACAAUCCUGGUGAUUUUAUUAGUGAGAAUAGUGUCAGCACUGAAGAAGCCCUGGUUUGAUACACGUGUAGUGUUAUUUUCUUUACUAAUAAAAAGGAGAUGGAACCAGAGUUAUAAAAUCAUAUGGAUGAAUUGUAAUUUUAUGUGAUACUUAGUCUAAGGAAAUGUUGACAUGCGGAAAUCAUAUAUUCUUUAAGAUCAUAACUGCACAUAUAUCUAAAUAUUAAAAGGUUCUAGAUGCAUUUUAGUAUAUGUUCUUCCAAAGUGCAGAGAAGAAAAUUUUUUAACUUUAUUUGUAUGUGCUACUUACAUUAUAUCUGAAACAGUUUAUGUUGCUGUUUAAUAAUUUCUGAUAAGGGGCAUGUUCCCAUAUAUUGACAGUAAAUAUUUCAAGGAACCUUACUUUUGCAUCAAUGGAAAAAAAAUCUGCGAUAUAUUUGUUUAUCUUUUAAUAAAAGUAUAAUUGACUUCCACUACUUUGGAUGAACAAAUAUUAUAAUUUUUUUUAAUACAACUGAAAAUUCUCUUAAAAAAUAUAGAUCAACACUUCAGUUUCUGUCAUGGAGCCAUUGAAAAUUUGUUUUCAUGUAGAAAGGUGAUAAACUCUUUAAGAUUUAAACAAAAAACUUGUCCAAAAUUGAAUUUCCAAUCAAAAAAGAAUUAGAAAAUCAAAAAAGGUGUGACUUGAAAGGUUGCAACAGAUAUCAUUCUGCUUUUAGUGAUUUUGGUUUCUUACAUGAUUAACACACUUGUAUUUAAUUAAAAACAAAUACUAUUCAUAAACUCAAUUUUUUCAAAAUAUGCUUCCAAUAUCACAUACAUUCAUAUAUAACCACAUGGAAAUUUCAUGUAUUUCAUCCUAUCUUAUUUAUAUAAUACAGAAUGAUUGAAUUGCAUAAUUGAUUUGUCAAAAAGAAAAUUACUCCUAAUUUUGUUUGGAUGAGUUGUUAGUUAUGUAAAUCCAUUGACCCACUGUUACAUGUGUAGUCUUUGUGAUUUAAUUAGAAUUUAAGUAAAAAGGAUAUCAUCUAAUAAAGAAAGAUAAUUCAAUUUUUUCAAAUCAAUGGACUUAGUUGUAAUUUAUACAGCAGCACUGUCUGUUUCGCUGGUGUGUAUAGGACUUUCUGAAAACUCACCUCGGAAGGUCCAACUCUGAUUUUAAAAUUGCAAUUGAAAAUGAAUUUAUAUUUCCAUUGUUGGGAAGUAUACUGGUAUAAGCACAGGUUUGCUGCAGUGCAGAGCAAUGAUGAGACUUAACUUAGAAAACAAUGUGUUACUUUAAUAUACAAACAUUUCCAGCUUUUUUUUAAAGUACAAGUAUAGUGGAAGACAAAAGACAAUAACUUUUUUAUCUAUAUAAACCAAAUAUUAUUUUUAAAUCAUUAAAAACCGCUAUUCAUUGACUCUUCGUUGAGCUACAUUUGCCGUGAAGCAGUUCCACUUGCCCACAAAGGAAAUAACCUACUUCAAAUUAUACUUUUAGAGUAAAAUUCACGACUCCCGAAAUGAGUUUCUGGAAAGACCUAUAAUAGUAUUAUAAGAUACAAAUAUUUAUAACACAUAGAGAUAUAUAUAUGAUACAUUUUUUUUAACCAGAAAAAUUACAAUUGUAUUCAAAAUUGCAUAAACAUUUUGAUAAAGUCUGUAACACAACUGUUAUUUUAAUCGAAUAAAGUUUACAGUGCCUUAUGAUAUUGAUCAAAAGUAAUCAUUUAAUCCAUCAGCAUUAUUUCAUAAUAAAACUUAUGUAAUGAUGCAUGGGAGAAGGUAUGCUAAGGCCACUAAUUUACACUGUGAAACAAGAAUCACAACCUACCUUUAUGUUUGUCUCAGUUAUUAUGUAAUAGAAAUUUGCCUGACAUAUUUUUUUAAACCUUCUACUUGCAUUUAGGAAAAAAUGGCCACAGCCUAAACCAAAAUGGAUUUUGGCCAAAAGAUGUCUUAUUCAAUGUUUUGUGUGUGUGAGUGAAUUAUCAUUUUGUGUAAGGCUGUUGCUCAUAUUUAUUGUUAAUUAAAGAACAUUUUUUUUGUUAAAUGUGACUAUUAUAUUAUAUGUAUUACAUCCCAAAGAUAGAACAAAUACAAUAUCUACUCUAAAGUAUCCAUAUUACAUGUAUAUCAUUGGAAGAAUUUUAUUAUGUUUGCCAUUUCAGGAGCCAGUUAAUUAAUAAUUUGAAUAUUUAUAUUAUUUUGUUUCGUCUGAAAAGUCCAUCAGUGAUGACAAAAAGAUAUAUAUUAUAAAGAAUGGCUAAUUUUCCAUUGUGUAUUGAACAGUGCAUUUGUCAGUGAUUAUUCAGCCUCAAAAUUAUACCUAGGCUGCAAUUCUUUAUGCCAAUGGGUUUAGGCAUGUAACACCAAUUUUGAAUAGAUGCUGUCUUCCAUAAGUUCCAUGGUCGACAGUCGGAGUCAUUGGCAACAACAUUGUGCAAUCACAGUCGACAUUUACAGGAUAUUUGAAAUUAAUUUUGAAGAGUAUUGCAUUAAUAGGAAUAACAGUACUGUAUUUCAAGAGUUGCUGCCGUCAAUUUUGGAUUAUAUUUAAUAUAGUACUGUUAUUCCUUACCUGUAUGAUGGAGGAUUUAGAUUAUAUUCCUUACAGUUGUUACAUUUUCCAAAGUGUAUAUCCUAAACUGUUGAGUGUAUUUUCAAAGGACAUAGAGCAAUGGCAUAUGUCCUCUGAGACAAACCAGUUUUAUAUAUUAAUUCAUAAUCACAAGGUAAAAUGAGGGAGUACAGUAAGAUUGUUAUUUGAUUUAAAGUCUUUUGUGUUCUUUAGUGUAAUCUUAUAACACAAUGGGUCAAUAUAUUAUGGUGCAUUUAUUCAUGUCCAUCUGCUAAAUUAAGAAAGCAACCCCUCCUCUAUAACUCUAGUAUCUGUUUGUUUUCUUUAUUAGGGAUAGGGAUUUGUGAUUUGUGUAUUUUCUUUAUUAGGGAUAAGGGUUUGUGAUUUGUGUAUUUUCUUAAUUAGGGAUGUGUAUUUUCUUUAUUAGGGAUUUGUAUUAUUUUUGUGAUUGUUUGAUUUAUGUUAGAUAUAAUGAAAGUCAUGAGGAUGAUUACUGGAUAAAUGGGAAUUAGUGAUAGACAAAAUAUGCAAUGUUGAGAAUUUUUCCUUUUUGCCAGAGUAAUGGGACUUGAUUAUAGAGUAUUAGUCAGAAUUACACAGAGCAAGCAAGUUUCAGGAAAGUUUUACUAAUUGAAGAAAUUUUUUUUAGCUCAUAAUCACUUUUUGUCGAGCCUGCGACAUUUAUAUCACGAAAGCGAGACAUAGCGAUCCUAGAUUCCGUUAGUGGCGGCAACAUUUAGGUUCAGUCUGUGGUUAAAGUGUUUUUUAGACAUCAAUAACUUUGUCAAACCUUCAUGGAAUUUUAUGAAAUUUGGACAGAAGCUUGCUUAUGACCAAAAUACAGUAUCCAGAACAAAAUUUUUAUUUUUUCGUAUUUAACUGAUAAAUGGACUUCGUUUUUUUACAGUUAACAAGUAGAUACAGUCUGGGGUUAAAGUUUGUUACACAUCAAUUACUUUGUCAAACCUUCAUAGAGUCGUGGCAGAAGCUUUUAAAUGAUUUUAAAAGAGAAAGAUAUAAUGUCAGAAGCAAACCUUUGAAAAUAUAUUUUUUUUUAAUUUUUUUUUUAGUAUUUUUGUGAUAGAUGGACUUCGUUUUUACAGUUAACAUUUACAGUCUGGGAUUAAAUUUUUAUAAAAUUGGUAAACCUUCAUGGAUUGUUAUGAAACUUGAACAGAAGCUAAUCUUCAAGACCAAAUAGCAUUUAAAGAAAAAGUUUGAAUUUUAUUUUUAAUUCUGUAUUUUACUGAUAAAUGGACUCACUUUUUAAGUCAACAUUACACUUUUACACUGACAGCGGCAAUUGCAGGGGAGACACAGGGUUCCACGGAACCCAUUACGAUUUUUUUUAUUAAAACUGCUUAGAUGAGUGCUAGGUAUUGGGUGAACAAUGGUAGGGAUGAUUUGGGUAUAAAACAACGAAGUCCAUAUACUAGUAAUGAUUUGAAUCUGUAAAAAAAUAAUAUUAAUAUGUUUAUUAGCUAACAUUCUUUAUGGCAGAUUAUUAAAGUAUAGUUCAUAAAUUAAAAUAAGGCAGGAUAAUAUACAUGGAAAAAGCAAUUUAUUUUUACCAGAGUACACUAUUUUUGUGUAAAUGAUGCAUUAAUAAUUGUUUGUUGCAUACUGUGUGUUUAUUGAGAAAAAAAAAUUGAAAUUACUUAUAACGUUCUUUUUCCUUUUAUAUUUCUACAAAAUAUUAAAAACAGGGAUUUGUAAUCUUUUGUACCACGUGUAUACCCUGUUGCUUGAUCCUUAGCUUGAGUAGAACUUGAAAAAUGGAAAGACUUUUUACUUACCAGUAGGUAUGAUUUUGAAUUAUUGGUUUAUUCUUUUUAUGGGUUCUAGAAAUUUUUUUUUUUUCAUUGAAGAUGACAUUUUUACUUUUUUUCUUGUACAUCAUAAUUUUGUUCAUAAUACCAUUUAUUGUUAAAAAGGUUGUUAAUUGUUUAAAUGAUCCCUGUUACAUAUCUCUAUUUAUUUGUAAUAAAACACAAUUGUUGAUCAAAAUAAAGUAAUUCGUGUACUGAU